GUACAUCAGCUAAGCAUGGCUGUCUCCUUGCCGCCCACCUUGGGAAUCAGUUCUGCACCCGAUGAAAUUCAACACCCACAUAUGAAGUUUUCAGAGUGGAAAUUUAAGCUGUUCAGGGUGAGAUCCUUUGAAAAGACAACUGAUGAAACUCCAAAGGAUAAAAAGGAUUCCUUGGAGGGAAAACCUUCUCUGGAGCAAUCCCCAGCAGUCCUGGACAAGUCUGGUGGCCCAAAGCCAGUCCUGACUCAACCAGCUCUGAAGGGCCAUCCUAAGUUUUCAAAGAAAUCCCACGACAGUGGGAAAGCAAGAGACCAAGCAGUUCACCAAGCCAACCUUCGACACUUCUGCCGCAUCUGUGGGAAUUCUUUCAAAACCGAUGAGCACGACAGGAGAUACCCAGUCCAUGGGCCUGUGGAUGCUAAAACCCAAGUCCUCUUACGAAAGAAGGAGAAGAGAGUCACUUCCUGGCCAGACCUCAUCGCCAGGGUUUUCCGAAUCGACGUGAAGGCAGAUGUUGACUCGAUCCACCCCACCCAGUUCUGCCAGAACUGCUGGGGCAUUAUGCACAGGAAGUUCAGCAGCGCCCCACGUGAGGUUUACUUCCCAAGGAAUGCCACCAUGGAGUGGCAUCCCCACACACCAUCCUGCGACAUCUGCCACACUGCCCGUGGGGGCCUCAAGAGGAAGAGCCAUCCGCCAAACCUGCAGCUCAGCAAAAAACUCAAAACUGUGCUGGACCACGCGAGACAAGCCCGUCGGCGCAAGAGAAGAGCUCAGGCAAGGAUCAGUAGCAAAGAGGUCAUGAAGAAGAUCACCAACUGCAAUCAGAUCCAUCUGAGUACCAGGCUCCUGGCCGUGGACUUCCCAGCACACUUUGUGAAAUCCAUCUCCUGCCAGAUUUGUGAGCACAUUCUGGCCGACCCUGUGGAGACCAGCUGUAAGCACGUGUUUUGCAGGAUCUGCAUUCUCAGAUGCCUCAAAGUCAUGGGCAGCUAUUGCCCCUCUUGCCGAUAUCCGUGCUUCCCCACCGACCUGGAGAGUCCAGUGAAGUCCUUCCUGAGCAUCUUGAAUUCCCUGGUGGUGAAGUGCCCAGCAGAAGAGUGCAAUGAAGAGAUCAGCUUGGAAAAAUAUAAUCACCAUGUCUCAAGCCACAAGGAAUCCAAAGAGACUUUUGUGCAUAUUAAUAAAGGAGGCAGACCCCGUCAACAUCUUCUGUCACUCACUCGAAGAGCUCAGAAGCACCGGCUGAGGGAGCUGAAGAUGCAAGUCAAGGCUUUCGCUGACAAAGAAGAAGGUGGAGAUGUGAAGUCUGUGUGCCUGACUUUAUUCCUGCUGGCUCUGAGGGCAAGAAAUGAGCACAGACAAGCCGAUGAGCUGGAGGCCAUCAUGCAGGGUCGGGGCUCUGAUCUGCCGCCUGCUGUUUGCUUGGCCAUUCGUGUCAACACCUUCCUCAGCUGCAGUCAGUACCACAAGAUGUACAGGACUGUGAAAGCCAUCACAGGGAGGCAGAUUUUUCAGCCUCUGCAUGCCCUUCGCAAUGCAGAGAAGAUCCUUCUGCCAGGCUACCACCCCUUUGAGUGGCAGCCACCUCUGAAGAAUGUGUCUUCAAACACCGAUGUUGGCAUUAUCGAUGGGCUGUCUGGACUUUCCUCCUCGGUGGAUGAUUACCCAGUAGACACCAUUGCAAAGAGGUUCCGCUACGAUGCAGCUUUGGUGUCUGCCUUGAUGGACAUGGAGGAAGACAUCCUGGAAGGCAUGAGAUCCCAAGACCUUGAUGACUACCUGAAUGGUCCCUUCACCGUUGUGGUAAAGGAGUCCUGUGAUGGCAUGGGAGAUGUGAGCGAAAAGCAUGGGAGUGGGCCAGCGGUUCCGGAAAAAGCAGUUCGUUUUUCAUUCACCCUCAUGAAAAUUUCAAUAGCACAUGGCGCCCAGAACGUGAAGGUGUUUGAAGAGGCCAAACCUAACUCUGAACUGUGUUGCAAGCCUCUGUGCCUCAUGCUGGCAGAUGAGUCUGACCACGAGACCCUGACUGCCAUUCUGAGCCCUCUGAUUGCCGAGAGGGAAGCCAUGAAGAGCAGCCAACUGAUGCUGGAGAUGGGAGGCAUCCUCAGGACCUUCAAGUUCAUCUUCAGGGGAACUGGAUACGAUGAAAAACUUGUCCGGGAGGUGGAAGGCCUCGAGGCGUCUGGCUCAGUCUACAUUUGUACGCUUUGCGAUGCCACCCGCUUGGAAGCCUCUCAAAAUCUUGUCUUCCACUCCAUAACCAGAAGCCAUGCCGAGAAUCUGGAGCGCUACGAGGUCUGGCGCUCCAACCCGUACCACGAGUCGGUGGAAGAACUGCGGGAUCGAGUGAAAGGGGUCUCUGCCAAGCCUUUCAUUGAGACCGUCCCUUCCAUCGAUGCCCUCCACUGUGACAUCGGCAAUGCGGCUGAGUUCUACAAGAUUUUCCAGCUGGAGAUAGGAGAGGUAUAUAAAAACCCCAAUGCCUCCAAGGAGGAAAGGAAAAGAUGGCAGGCCACCCUGGACAAGCAUCUCCGGAAGAAGAUGAACCUCAAGCCAAUCAUGAGGAUGAAUGGCAACUUUGCCAGGAAGCUCAUGACCAAAGAGACUGUGGAGGCAGUGUGUGAAUUAAUUCCUUCUGCAGAGAGGCACGAAGCUCUCAGGGAGCUGAUGGACCUUUACCUGAAGAUGAAACCCGUGUGGCGCUCCUCGUGCCCUGCUAAAGAGUGCCCAGAGUCCCUCUGCCAGUAUAGCUUCAACUCACAGCGUUUUGCUGAGCUCCUCUCUAGCAAGUUCAAGUAUAGAUACGAGGGCAAAAUCACCAACUAUUUUCACAAAACCUUGGCGCAUGUGCCUGAAAUUAUCGAGAGGGAUGGCUCUAUCGGGGCCUGGGCAAGUGAGGGAAAUGAGUCUGGCAAUAAACUCUUUAGGCGCUUCCGGAAAAUGAAUGCCAGGCAGUCCAAGUGCUAUGAAAUGGAAGACGUCCUGAAGCACCACUGGCUGUAUACUUCCAAAUACCUCCAGAAGUUUAUGAACGCUCAUAAUGCAUUAAAAAGCUCUGGGUUUACCAUGAACUCAAAGGCAAACUUAGGGGACCCAUUAGGCAUAGAGGACUCUCUGGAAAGCCAAGAUUCAAUGGAGUUUUAAGGGCAACCACUUAUGAGUUGGUUUUUGCAAUUGAGUGUUCCUUUGGGUAGCACUGAGGUCUUCUCCUAGUUCCCUUCACUACUGUGUGUCGGGCUUCAUCACCCAGGAGGUGGUAGGUUGAAGUGAGAGGAAGCAGAUGCUGUAACAGUGUCAGAAAUGGAUAACUGAUGAGCUGAUUGCCUGAGCCAUUUUGGGAGCUCAGAAAAGCAACAGGAGAAAUCAGUUAUUUGAAAGGUCAAUAACUCAGAACAGGAGUAACUGCAGGGGACCAGAGAUGAAUAAAGAUAUGUGUGACUGAGUGUCAUGAGCAUCAAAGCCAAGGUGGUCAGAGAGCAGCCAGUGAGGCCAAGAAAGGAAUUUGUCUCGUGUUUUUUUCCCCCCUCAAUUAUUAUAUUUUAUAUUGAGAUAUAAUAAGAUUUUUCUAUUAGAUUUCUAUAAUAAGAUUUUUCUGUUUCAUUUUUUUCCAGUUUCUUUAUUUUAUGAAUUUCACAUUUCUACAAGAUUCAAAAGAGCUUUGUAGGUUUCUCUAACAAUAUCUUACAUUUGUUUGGCAUGAUGACCUUUACAAACUUUUCUCAAUGCACUUUCGCAUUUGGUACAUGUAUGCAGAAAUAACCUACAUCAAGGAAGGUUUUGGGAAUUCAGCCCUUUUCUAGGUUAUUUAAACCAACUCCAUCUCUAUUGUCACCUUCACAGUUUAGGAGGUCAUUUGAUGUCCUGAAUUUUUCAAUAAUGAAGUUAGAGAAUAUACCUGGAAGCUACAUUUAGCCAUUAAGUGUUUUUGAUCAUAAAAGUUUACUUAGCUACCAGUAGUCAAGGCUGUUUUUAAUUUCAAGUCUUUUAGAAUCUUGAAACUUUUAAAAAUCCAGAUUGGUUGGCUGUCUAUAAACAGAUUUAAUGUCUUGCUGAGAAUUUC